AUGGCAUCUAUCAUUAGUGAAGAGGAUGUUAAGAAUUUUCUUUCAUCAGAACCAUCUGUUGAGAAAGUUGAAUCAUUAGGGAAGCAUGAACUAAAAAUAGUUGCUAAAUUUCAUGAACUGGAGUUUCCUUCAGAUGUAAAUAGAUUCCCAUUAGUUAACAUGAUUAACAGGAAAUUGUUUGGUAUAGAGAAUCUUUUUUCAGGGAAUUUCCCUGAAGAAAUUGACCGUGUUCAUGACUUUUCAGCUUCACAUGAAGUUACAAGUGAAGGCUCAAGCAAUCUUAAAGACCCUUGUGUGCUCUUAGAAUUAGAAAAGAUCCGUCUGGAGCAGGCCAAACUUGAUUUGCGCCGGGAAGAGAUGAAGCUAAAUCAUGAGUUUAGAAUAAAACAGCUGGAGAGCAAUGUCUCUAUUCAUUCCUUUGAUGUGGCAAGACAGACUUGUGAAGAAUAUGCCAGAGUUAAAGAUUUGUUUAAUCAGUGGCUUCGUUCAAAAGAGGUAAAGUCAGACUUUGUUAAAUUAAAGGAACUAAUGUUAUUAGAGGAAUUUGCCAGAUGUGUUCCUAAAGAAGUUUCUCUAUACUUAUCUGAACGAGGUGUAGAUAAUAUAGCUGUUGCUGCCAUUAUGGCUGAUGAGUAUGUAUUGACACAUAAGACCUAUACUAAUAAACUUCCGGGUUUUCAGAAUAAGAGAGAUGUUGUAGCAGCUUCUCACAGUAAGUUUGCUCGUCCAGAUGAUGUAGUGGACCAUGGAAAGAUGUCCAAGCCACAUGAUUUUGUACAGGGGAAGAAAUGUAAGAUUUGUAAUUACUGUGGGAAGACUGGCCAUUGGGAGAGAGAGUGUUGGAAGAAGUCACGAGAAAUUAAGGCUAAAUCAGUAGCCUUGGUUUCCACUAAAGUAAGUUUAUCCAAAAAGUUUUCACCUGUAACUGUUUUCCCCAGAAAUGAAAAUAAAGCUUCUUUAAGAAAGUUGGAUGUAAACAGUGGUGAUAGGGCUUUCACUGGAUCGUAUGAUAGUUUUAUGCACGAAGGUACUGUCUCACUUGAGGGUGGGGAAAAGAAAUCUGUUCAGAUUUUACGGGAUACUGGCGCUUUAAAAUCUCUCAUGUUAAAAGGUUUGGUUGAUUUUGAAAGCCCAGAGAAAAUAGUUGUUCAUGGAGUUGGAGGAUCCAUCUCUGUUACCCCUGUGAGAGUGUACCUUGAGUGUGAAUUCUUUGAGGGUUUUGUGUGUGUAGGCCUGGUGGAUCAAUUGCCUAUGCAUGGUGUUCAUUUCCUGUUGGGAAAUGAUAUAGCGGGCAAGAAGGUGAACCCUGUCCCGUUAUUAUCUGAGAAACCUGUAGCUGUGGAAGAAACUAAGCAAUUAGUUGAGGAAGUACCCCAUGUGUUCCCUGCUUGUGUUGUAACAAGGUCCAUGUCUACCAAUAUUAAAGUACCCCAGACUGGGAAUGUAAUCAAUCCUGAUGUUGUUAACUUGGCUGAUACCUUCUUUGCCACCAUUGACUCUGUAGAUAGAGUAGCACUAGUUAAUCAAACUGAUAUGUCUAAAGGAUUAAUUGAAUUGCAGCAAGCUGACCCUGAGUUGCAAGACUUAGCUGAAGCUGCUGUGGCUGAAAAUGAGUGUGAUGAACUGACAUUUGGGGUAAGAAAGACCUUAGACCGGAUUUGGCGUAACUUUUAUUGGCCUACAAUUCGCAAAGAUGUUUCCCGUUAUUGCAGGACGUGCCACACAUGCCAAAUGGUCGGUAAGCCUAAUCAACCUCCUGAUAUUGCUCCAUUAAUACCCAUUCCCCCCUUUGAUGCUCCAUUCUCCAGAGUGGUUAUUGAUAUUGUUGGCCCUUUACCUAAAACUGCAACAGGAUAUUCUUAUAUUCUUACUAUCAUGGAUAUGGCUACUAGAUAUCCUGAGGCUGUUCCUCUCAAAAAUACCUCAGCUAAAAUAGUAGUAAGAGAGUUAUUACAGUUCUUCACAAGGUUUGGCUUACCUAAAGAAGUGCAGUCUGACCAGGGAUCAAAUUUUAUGUCCAAAGUUUUCAGACAGUCCCUCCGGGAACUAGGUAUUGAGCAGAUCACUUCCACUGCUUACCAUCCUCAGAGUCAAGGUGCCAUAGAACGUUAUCAUCAAACUCUUAAAAGUAUGAUUACAAAAUUUUGUACAGAAAGUCACAAGGAUUGGGAUAAAGGCUUGCCUUUCUUGCUUUUUGCUACUAGAGAAACACCUAAUGAAUCCUUGGGUUUUUCUCCAUUUGAGUUAAUGUUCACCCACGAGGUGAGAGGACCAUUAAAAUUAUUAAAAGAAGAGUGGCUUGGUAUGGAUGAGAAUGUAGGACUUUUAUCUUAUGUUAGUGACUUUAAAGAGAAGCUGAACCGUAGUUGGAAAUUGCUAGAGAUAACUUGGUUUCUUCCAAAAGAAAAUGAAGAAAUGGUACGAGAAAAGCGAGAAUGA